AUGAUAUUAAGAACCCUAACAACAUGUAUAUUGUUGUUGUCAGGAGCCUAUGGUGACCAUUUCUUGGGUGAUGAGCUUCAAUCAGAUGUUACAGUAAGCCGAGUGAAGAGGGAUUUGCCGGAAUGGCAAGUCAAAUUGAGAGAAAAAGCGGAAAGUUUUGGUCAAAGUGAUAAGCAACAGGAAACAGUACAGUACUACUUGGGCAAACUGAAUGAUAUUGCAGAGAGCCGGCAUCAGGAUAAGAGUGUGGUAAGAUUACUGUACAUUAAAAUUUUUUUUUAUUUUUUGUUUUUUUUUAAAUGGUAGCCCAGAGCCCUAGCUCUAGCUUUAACCCAGGGCCCUAGCCCAGAGCCCUAGUCCAGAGCCAUAACCCAGAGCCAUAACCCAGAGCCCUAGUCCAGAGCCCUAGCCCAGAGCCCUAGCCCAGAGCAUUCGCCCAGAGCCCUAGCCUGAUCGCUAGCAGUAGCCCUUGACUGAGCUUAAGCUUUAGCCUUACAAUUGUUAGCUCUAACAUAGUGUGUAGAAUAGCUUAAAUCUAGCCUCAACCUAGAUUUUUCUUUGAAUUUUUAGUCAUGCUACUGCCUUCUCUUAGCCCUACGUUACCCAACUCAUUACGCAAGCAAUUUUACAAAGGCUUUAACAGUAAAAAAUACCAAAUUUUAUGACGGCUUUAAUCUAAGCCUUCAACCUAUGUUUAAGCCUAAGCCUUACGAUAAACUUAAGCCUAAGCCCAAGCUUUAGCCUAAACAACUGAAAUUCAAACGAAUUACAAGGUUAAACCUUAGCCGUACCCGAAGCCUCAACCUUAACCUAAAUCAAAGUCAUAGUUUAAGCUUAAUCUUAAAACUAAGGUUUAUCCUAAGCCUUAAUUUAAGCCUAAGCCUACAUAACUGUAUAAAACUUAUUUUAGAAUGAAGUCCGUACCCAAUUGGACCUAUGGAACAACAGGCAACAUGAUGAUGUUGGCUCGAAAAAGUUGAAACCAGAGGAAAGUCGACAUCAUUUUCAAGGUAAUUUUGAUUUGAAUUUGUUUUUGUAAACAAAGUUUUUGCAUUUUUUUUUGUUUUUAAUCAGAAAACCCUUGCUUUCGUAUUUUACACAAUUUUUUUUAAUUUUGAAAUUCCAGGAGACAUUGUAUUGACGCCAGAUCAAGCCGAAGAGCUGUACGAAAGAGCAAAGGAGCAUGGAAACCGAAGGGUAAAACGGAAGUUUAUUGGGACAAAAGUGAGAAGGUGGGACCCAACCAAGCCUAUCGUCUACAGUUUUGAUGGAAGUCAUAGUAAGUUUAUGAUUCUACAGGGUAAAGUAGGGCAGGUUAUGGUAGGGCACGGUAGUGUAGGGUAGGGUAGGGUAGGGAAGGGAAGGGUAGGGUAGGGUAGGGUAGGGUAGGGUAGGGUAGGGUAGGGAAGGGAAGGGUAGGGUAGGGUAGGGUAGGGAAGGGAAGGGUAGGGUAGGGUAGGGUAGGGUAGGGUAGGGUAGGGUAGGGUAGGGUAGGGUAGGGUAGGGUAGGGUAGGGUAGGGUAGGGUAGGGUAGGGUAGGGUAGGGUAGGGUAGGGUAGGGUAGGGUAGGGUAGGGUAGGGUAGUAUAGGGUAGGGUAGGGUAGGCUAGGGUUGGGUAGGGUAUGUUAAGGUUGGGUAGGGUAGGGUAGGAUAGGGUUAGGUAAUGUAAGGUAGGGCAGGGUAAGGUAGGGCAGGGAAUGGUAAAGUAAGGUAGGGUAGGGUAAAGUAAGGUAAGGUAUGUUACGGUAGGGUAACAUAAGGUAAGGCAAUUUAAAAAAAUUGUUAGUCAGGGCAUGGUUGACCGGGGGGGGUGAGGUAAAAAAUUUUUUUUAUGUUUGCUUAAUUUUAGACUAUUGUUUACACAAAAAUAAAAAAUUAAAAAAUAUUUUAAAUUUUUUUUUGCUUUAGGCUUAUUUUAAAAUUUUUAGGCCUAAAAGCCUUUUUUUUACAAAAAUUUUGUAAUUUCAGCCAAAAAAGAGCAAAGAGUAAUAGAACUGGCUUUGGAACACUGGCAUAACAUCACUUGUUUAAACUUUGAACGACACGAAGGAGAGCCAAAAGGAAGUCAAUUGGUGUUCACUGACGUCGAUGGAUGUGCCUCUAAUGUUGGUCGACAUCCAUUAGGGGAACCACAGUUUGUGUCGUUGGGGCCUGAAUGUAUUCGGGUAAGUAUUUAUACCAUUUUUAAAUUUAAGAAUGAAGUUUAAAAAGAAAAUGGCUAGAACUUUCUUUGCAAAACCAAAAAUAGCAAGAACUUUCUUUACAAAAAAAAACGGCAAGAACUUUCUUUACAAAACUAAAAACGGCAAGAACUUUCUUUGCAAAACAAAAAAUGGCAAAAACUUUCUUUACAAACCAAAAAAUAACAAUAACUUUCUUUCCAGCUCGGAGUAAUAGCUCACGAAGUCGCUCAUGCCUUGGGCUUUUGGCACGAGCAAUCACGCCCAGACCGUGACUUCUUCGUUAACGUGCGAUGGGAGAACAUUGACAAAGACAGUAAAGGUCAAUUCCUGAAAGAACAACCGGUCGAUGUUGAUACGGGUGGAGUACCGUAUGAUUACGGUAGCAUUAUGCACUACCGUAGUAAGGCGUUCGCACGUUUUGAUGAUUUAUUCACGUUGAGCACGUUUGUGAGUGAUUAUCAACGUACGAUUGGGCAGAGAGAUCAAUUGUCAUUCAAUGACAUCAGGUUGAUGAACACGAUAUACUGUAAGAAUACGUGUAGUAAGAAGUUACCGUGUCAACGAGGUGGAUAUACUGAUCCUAGGCAUUGUGACAAGUGUAGAUGUCCGGAUGGAUUUACUGGAACGGUAAGUGUUUAAAGAAAAAACUGGGUUUGACAUGGGGUUUACGAUUAUGGUAAUACUACGGUAUAAGUGAGAAGGGUAAGUUGGGCAAGCGCGCGGGAUUAAGGUAGUGCUACAGUAAGUGUAGGAGGGGAAGGUAGGGCAAGGGUUUGGGAUUACGGUAACUGUUAGGGCAAAGUAGUGUAGGAUCUAUCAGGAAAAAGGUAGGGUAAAAUUACCGUAGGGCAUGGGGAAUUACAGUAAAAAAAUUAAGUUUACGGGAUAAGCCAAGCCGUAGGGUAGGGUAGGGUAGGGUAGGGUAGGGUAGGAUACGGUAGGCUAAGGUAGGGUAAGGUACGGUAGGAUACGGUAGGGUGCGGUAGGGUACGGUAGGCUGCGGUAGGGUGUGGUAGGGUAGGGAGUAGGGUAGGGUAGAGCUUUUUAAACCUUAAAAUUUUAGUUAUGUGAUGAAGUAAUGCCUGGUUACGGAGCUGAAUGUGGCGGUAACAUCAGGGUAAAAGAGAAUUGGCUACAGUUCAGUUCCCCAAGCUAUCCAGCAGAAUUCAAAGAAGGACAAGAGUGUUCAUGGAUGUUUACAGCACCUAAAGGACAACAUGUAUUGUUACAAUUUAAUGGAGAAUUCGAAAUGUACUGUAAGAUACGGCAUUCACUUUGUAUGGACUAUGUUGAAGUCAAAAAUACCACGGACUUUGCUAACACUGGCAUGAGGUAAGGUCCACCCUACCUUACUUUACCGUACUGUACCGUACCGUACCGUACAGUACCGUAUUGUAGCGUUCCGUAUCGUACCGUACUUUACCCUACCCUACCCUACCCUACCUUACUUUACCCUACCCUACCUUGCCUUACUUGUAAUUUUUCCUUAUUCUACAGUAAUAUUAUUCUAUCCUACUAUCAUAAAUGAAUUUUAGAUACUGUUGCAAUGGCACACCCAAGUCUCCAGUAGUAUCGGCGACCGAAGACUUGGUCGUGCUGUUCCGCUCCUUCUACCGUUCCGGCAAAGGCUUCCAAGCCCGCGUCAAAGCCGUCCCACACACGGGUUCGUGGAGCACCUGGUCGUCCUGGUCCGAAUGCACGGCGUCGUGUGGUGCAUGUGGUGCGCGUCGCCGCACCCGCGAAUGCACACCCGCCAACGCUUUUUGUUUGUCAGUGUUUUUAGUUUUUUGGGUUGUUGUAGAUUGGUGUUUGGGGGGGGGGAUUGGGUGGGAAAAGUGAAGAUGAUAGUAUGGGUAUAAGGGGUAAUUCGGUGUUGUGGGGCUAAAACAGAGACAAGGGCUGGAUUUGUAGUGUAUGGUAGGGCAAAGUAGAGUUUCAGGUAGAAAUAGGUAGAGGUCAGGGACGUCGCUACGGUUUUUCUCUGGGGGGGGGGGGAGUUUAAGCUACCUGUGGACCGAUUUUUCAAAAAAUUUUUUUUUUCGUUUUUCGCGUACAGGUACCACCUGUGGAAUUUUUUUUCGGAUCGGCUCUGGGGGGUACCCCCCCCAAACGACGUCCCUGGUAGAGGUACAAGGGUAGGAUAAGAAUAACACAGAGCUGGGGUAGAAUCUGUAAAUCUUGUUUUUUGUUGUUCAAAUAGUUAUGUGCCCCUGACUAUAAAAAAUGUAGUUUGGAGAAAGAGCACAGAAUUAUUUGAACAAACUGGUAGUAUAAGAUAGGGCACUGGUAGGACUAGGCGGGCUUGAGGUUAAAAGGGGCUAGCGUAUGGCUAGGCUGGAGUAAGGUUAGGUCUUGGUAGAGUAAGGUUAGGCUGGGGUAAAGUUAGGUUUGGGUAGGGUAUAGCAACGUUAGAAUAGAAUAGGAUAAGCAAAGGGUAAACUUUUAGUAGGACUGAACUAAGACUAUGGUAAGGUACGCAAUAGCUACUUUUAACAAUAAUUUUGUGAAAUUUUAAAAUUUUUUUGUCGUUUUUGUGUGUGCUAUCACAGUAUAUUGUCCUGUUUGUACUGUAAUGUAUGCACAGAUAAUUUACUAUUAGCCUUAUUUUAUCAAAAAUGCAUUUUUUUGAUAAAACGGCUUAAAAUUUGAUUAUUUUAGCUAAUGCUAUGUUGUUCAAAUAAUUUUGAGCUUUUUUUUCAAUGCAAAGUUUUACGGUUAAGUGGCUCAGAAUUUUUCGAACAACAAUACAUGUCAUUUUUUGUUAAACUUUUUUUUGAACUUUUAAAUUCUGCUUUUUGUCAUAGAUUUACAGAGUAAUAAAGCUUCUCUUAUAAGGUAAACGUUGCCCAAUUUCAGGGGUGAAGAUGUCGAAACGGAGGUUUGCAACACCUCGCCUUGUAAGGGACUCUGUAGUCGAAAGCGGGUCGAAGAGGCGCCCUGCACCGGUUUCCUCUCUCUUCUCAAGGGAAUAAAGUGCAAAACGUGAGUGGAAAAAUGGCAUUUUUGUGAAAGUUUUUUAUUUUUGAAAUAAAAAAAAAACUUUAAAUUUCUUUUUUUUUGAAGUUUUGAUUUUUUAAAAAUUUUUGUGAUUUUUUUGGAAUUUUUUUUGAAUUUUUUUUAAAAAUUUUUAAAUUUUUUUAAAAUUUUUUGAAAUUUUUGAAAUUUUUUGCGUUUUUUGGAUUUUUUGGAAUUGCUGAGGUUUUUUGAAUUUAAAAAAAAAAUUUUUUUAGUAUUUUUGAAACCUUUUUUUUGAAUUUUUUUUUGAAUUUUUUGAAAUUUCCGAAAUUUUUUGCAUUUUUUUGGAAUUUGUGAAAUCAUUUGAAUUUUUUUUUGAAUUUGUGCAAUUUUUCAAAAACUUUUUUAAUAUUUCGAAAUUUUUGAAGUUUUUUUUAAAUUUUUAAAAAUACUGAAUUUUUUGAAUUUUUUAUAUUUUUUCGUUUUUAAAAAUAUUUUUUUUGAAAUUUCAGUGAAAAGACGAGAAUGGAAGAGUGUAACGAGAUAUGCUGCUCUGGCUUUCAAUUAAUCGACGGGGAGUGCAAAAACUAA